CCCAUAAUGGAAUGAAACCUUCCUUUCCCCAGACGUCAUGAGGUCAAAGAUUGAUGACUUCGGGAAUCACCGUGUGAAUGCCGACUGAAUAUCAAAGAAUUUCGAUUUUCUAUUUUGAUUCACCUUCUGUGUGCAAUGGGGAAUAAACAUUCAUGUGGCUGCUUUCGAAGCUGUCACAAGAAUCCAACCAGGCGGGCCCACAGGGCUCCUUCUCAAGAAAUAGAACGAUACGAGCCGGCACCUGAAGAAGUAGAUGUGGACGAAAGAUCAAAUCUCCAGCAUAUUGGUGACAGAGAGACUGGCAUAGAAGAGGAUAUGUUGGAUCCAUCAGUACACCCUAGGACUAGUACCAUUUUCCUCACGAAAGCAGAAUCAUUAGAUAUUGUACAGGAUAGGAGAAAUCAUCACAGUGACAACAGGCUGAGUAGUACAUUGAGUAAGAAGUUUAGUUCAUGUUCGACUAUCUUUAUAGAUGACAGCACAGUAUCACAACCAAAUCUUAAGUCAACGAUACGAUGUGUGGCAUUGGCAAUAUACUACCAUAUAAAGAACAGAGAUAGUAGCAGACAAAUGGACAUCUUUGAUGAAAAGCAGUACCCACUAUCAAAAAUUCCAGUACCAGAUGAUUAUGACAAACACAAUCCUGAACACAGACAUAUCUACAAGUUUAUUCGCAUGUUAUUCAAUGCAGCUCAGCUCACAGCAGAAUGUGCAAUAGUUACAUUAGUGUAUUUAGAGAGAUUAUUAACAUAUGCUGAAAUUAACAUUACGCCUAGCAACUGGAAACGAAUGGUCCUUGGUGCUAUCCUAUUAGCUUCCAAAGUAUGGGACGACCAAGCAGUCUGGAAUGUAGACUACUGUCAGAUUCUAAGAGAACUAACAGUAGAAGAUAUGAAUGAAUUAGAGCGACAGUUCCUAGAACUUCUCCAAUUCAACAUCAAUGUGUCAGCCAGUGUAUAUGCUAAGUACUACUUUGACCUCCGAGAACUUGCAGACACCCACGAACUUGCCUUCCCACUUGAACCACUCAGUACAGAACGAGCCCAGAAACUAGAGGUAUUCUCCAAACCAGCAGAGGACAAACCCAGAGACGUUCCAUCCCACACCAGUGUAAAGAGAUCACGGAGUGCCGACAGUAUCCAAGUAGUGCCUCGAUUCUCAAACGCCAUAAUCUCGUGAUGAAGGCUUGUUUCUUGCGGAGUCUGUCAUCGUGUGUUGGGGGUGCCAUCUCAUGAUCAGCUCAGUCAUCGUGCGAUGAGUGACAUCAUUACGCUCUGGUCGGCGGAAGCGGUGGAGCCGGUAUCCAGUGGAAAGCGCCCUCUAUUGAGUACAGCCAUCAGGUACUCUGGGGACUUGUCACGUAGGGUAGAACAACGCUUCCAGUCCCAGCUCAUCGUGAUAGGUGAUGUCAUGUGACCAAUGUCCUGUUAUUUAUGAACCAACCAAAGCCAAAUCUUUUAUGAAUGCUUAUGUUAGCUCAGAUUGGUAGGAAACUCAGAGAACAUACGUUUAGGUUUGAAAAAAAACCAAGGGACCAAAGAUAUCCCUCCUGCUUUAUACUCUUCAAAUCAGGGGCUUGCUUUUAUGAAACUAUCAUGGCUUGGAAUCUGAACUUCACGCUAACUUUAUCUAAACAUGUAGUCUAGCCAUUGGUCAUUAAGGAGCCAAAUAUUAAAAUCAUCAACAACGUUGGCACACUGUUCUCUAAAAGCUGCCCUUUUCCCACCAUUGAAAUAAAGUGCUUGGUAAAGAUUAGAGAAACACAGAGUAAACAUUUUUAGCUUCCCAUAAAUCUCAUCUAAGACUUAUAUACUUUACAUGAAGACCGUGAGUUAAGAAUACGGACCCUAAAGUUCAGAGUCAUAUUAAAGCAUGCCAUAGAAAUUUAUUUAAGAGCGUAUAAUUUCUAUGAAAUGUCAGGGAAGUGAGAAAUAAAUUAUUUAAUGGAAAAUGGACCCUUGAUGAAAUGUUAGCUGAGGCAUGGGUCAUUGAAAAGGUCAAGAUUUUUCCAUGCAAGGUUAGCGAUUGAUAGUACGCUUGAUUUUCACGAUUGAUUGUACAGUGUAGUCAAUGGAAUCAAUCGUAGAAAAAUGUUCUACGAUCAUUGCUAAGUUCUGUGUUCCGUGCCCCAGAUUUGAAGGGGAAUGAAACUUUUAAAAUUAGUUAUAUUUCAUGAAACAGAAAUAUCAAAGAAAAAAUAGUGAUCUCAACAUUCAAAUACUCAUAACUUUCUCAUUUUUAUUCAUUUUUUCCCCCGUAAAGUAUCACUUGUUAUAGUCUUUGAUCAUGUCCAUCUUCUUAGAGGGGUUUCACCUUUUGUAGUUGUUGAGAAUCUGGUUUUAAGCACGCAAAAUAAAUUCCACUUGUGUGCAACUUACAAACAGCUUCAUCCCCUUGGCCUGUACUGGCCAUAUUAAAAAGUGGCUUGGACUCUGUCAAGGUCUAUAUCAUGCUGCAUUCUUUAUAUAAUACUAUUAGUUUCAUAGUUGAAGCUUUAUUAUAGAUGAAUCAUGAAUACCUCUGUAUGUGAUAUCACUUGGCUAUGAAGUGUUCACAAAAUAAUUGUAAUUUUUUAAAGAAUAAAGAGCAAUUUAGUUUGUUUCAAAUUAAGUUAACUGUGAUUAAUCAACUUCUUUUAAUCAGCAACCUAAGACCAAAACAAUAUGGGGCUGUCCGUUCAUAUCUAUGUACCUGAAGGUUAACCUUAUUUGUACAGUACACUUAGAAUUACAAGCCAAUAAGAAAUUAAUACAAUCAUUACUCUGAAUAUAUUCCAUAUUUGGUUUGAAAUUCUCUACCUCUAUUGACAUCCCACCCCUAAUAAUUCCUGUUUUUGGAUCCACCCUCCCACUUAAUUUGAUGUCAUUUAUAUCAUGUUUAUUACUUUUAAAGCUGAAUCCUGUAUAUUCUUAUUACUAUCUAUUUAUGUAUUUACAAUAUGUCUGAGAGGAUUUGAGGACCUCUUUUAAAAUGAAAUACUCCUUAAGUUUCUAAGAUUGAAAGAGAAAGUCCUUCUUUUUAAUGUGUCUUCACCGCUAACACUCUGUAUUCAGUUGAAUAUUUUUGUGUCUUUUUUUUAUCAGGGACCCGUUGCAUAAAGAGUUACAAUCAAACACAAACCCCAAAAAUCAAAUGCAGCUUAAAAUUCAUCCAAUGUAAUGCAUGUUUGAGGGACUUUCGCUUGAGUGUUUUUUAGCUGCAUUAAAAGGCAACUCUUUGUAGUGCAAUGGGCCCCAGUUUGGGCUGUUAGAGAUAUAUGUGUACAUGUACUAGUAAUGAUCUGUUGCACUUAUAUUAUUGAUGAAACAAAAGAUACUGUCCCGAUGUCUCUGAAAAAUUCUUGUCAUCUGUUUUCGGCAAUAGAGAUUUAUAAAUAAUUAAUUGACAAGUUUUUGUCUUGAGAUAUCAACACAUUUAAAGAGCGUGCAAGAAUUUUUCCUCCUGUCUUGCGAGCCUCUGUCUCUGGCAAUGAGAUUGAGAUUCAGACCUAGCCUGUCGGGGUUUCAGUGAUUUCACGUUAAGUCAAUCAGCUGAUGCAUAAAACAUUAACUCGGUUUCCGGCACAUCUGCCUCGAAAGCUAUGCAGCAUGCAUGUCUAUUUUAUUGAUGAAUGUGUCACAGCAACCAAAUCUUGAUGUAGGGUCUUAUCUAAAAGUUGUGAUUGAUUUGAGUCUCAAAAAAGCAUUCAAAAAUCUUUGUGGCCCAGAAAGUUAGAGGGUGUCAGUUCUCUAAUAUCACACAUGUACUUAUAUAUUACCACUGACUAAAAUGGGUGAAUUCAAGUCCGGUGUUAGCCUUGGUGUUUGUGUUGGAAUUUGGAUUGAUUCCCCUAGCUCCAAAACUUAUUCAGAGCUUGUAAAACUGAUCCAGAUCACAUUAUCGA